AUGUGUUACGCUUGCUCAGAGUGUUGGCAAGGAGCGGAAGGUGGAAGGAAGAGGAGGAAGUAUGCUAACCUGGUUUACCUUCUAGGACGAAGCGGUAACUGUUUGAAAGCGUUGGAUUUGCUUGUCAACAAACUUAAUCGCAUCGAUAGUGCAAUUGAUUUCUGUCGCGAGAAUGAUGAUCACGACUUAUGGAAUGCUUUAAUUGAUGCAGCUGUGAAACGACCCGACCAUGUCACGCAGCUUCUGAAUGCAGUGGGCAAAUACGUCGAUCCGUUAGGAAUCAUCAAAAAGAUUCCGGAUCAGAUGAACAUUCCAGGCCUUAGAAAUUCACUAAUAAAAAUCUUACGCGAUUAUGAACUGCUUGUGCAAAUGCAACAAGGGUGUCUGCAAGUAACUCACGUAGACAGUGGCCAACUUUUUGGAAAAUAUUUGUCAAAUUGUAAACGAGCUGUUAUCGUGGAUUUGGACAGUUCCUGCGCCCUGUGUAGGUAA